CAAGAAGAUUGCAGCCGGAAGUUUUGGUACGCUCUUUAUUGGACGCGACAUCCACAGCAAACAGCCCGUCGCCGUUAAAGCCGAGCAGAAGGAGUGCUCGUACCCGCAACUGCAUCGCGAGUACAAGUUCUACCAGAUGCUCACCGAGGGCCAGGGUGUUCCGGCUGUCCACUAUUUUUCGGAAGCCAAUGCAUCCAUUCCGAAAUAUCACACCAUGGUGAUGGAGCUGUUGGGCCCGAAUCUGGAGGACGUCCUACAAGCGUGCGGCGGAUCCUUCACCCUUAAGACCGUCUGUAUGGUGGCAGUCCAGUUGCUCGACCGCAUUGAGUUCAUCCAUUCCAAAGGUUUACUGUAUCGUGAUAUCAAAUCGGAGAAUUUUCUCCUUGGACGGUACAAGGAACCCAAUCACCAGGUUCUACACAUCGUUGAUUUUGGUCUAUCCAAGGAAUACAUUAAUCCUACCACCCGCCAACAUGUUGCCUUUAGCGUAAAAAAAGGUUCAGUCGGUACGCCACGGUACAUGAGUAUUCCUGCACUGCAACAUCAUGAACAGGGCCGACGCGAUGACCUGGAAGCUUUGUCGUACCUUUUCCUCUACCUAUACUGUGGUCGGUUACCGUGGCAGGGCCUUCCCGGGUCGACAUUUGCCGAGAAGUGCAAACGUAUUCUGGAGAAGAAACUAAAGCUAACGGUCGACGAAGUGUGCGCUGAUGCUCCACCGGAAUUUGGGAAAUUUAUGAAAUACGCCCGGAACCUGGAAUUUGAGGCCAAGCCGGACUAUGAAUUUUGUCGCGGGCUAUUCAAAGCGAUGAUGACAGCGAACGGGCUGGAGUCUGAUGAUGUGUACGAUUGGACUGGGCAGAUUCCGGAGUUUUGGAAAACCAAGAGAGUCAAAACUCGGAAGCCAAAAGGCAAAACCCGGAGCCGGAAAAGGAAAGGACACAAGAAAUAAACGCGCUGAUUCGGCAUCCGACCAGGGUGGAUGCUGUUCGUGCUGCUAUGGGCUGCGAAAUAAACGGAAGCGCCCGAAAUGAAAUGCCACGCCAUCGUCCUGCUCCCACCGGUAUAUCUCUUGAAGAUGUGCUGUGUCCCAGUUUCAGAGUAUUGUCGUUCUAUGAGAUUGAUCAAAUCAGGUACUGUUUUGUUUAUGCUUUUUUCCGAUGUAAUGAAUCUGUUUUCAUGUUCUGAGUCAUGCGUUUUUGUACUGGAUGAAUGUUUUUUCAUUGUUGUUUCGUAAUCAUUGUUUUUUUUUCAUACCGCUAUCAAUCAUUUUGCAUUUUUUAGUUGCCAUAUAAUAGCCAAUAAUGAUCUGUUUCGUCAUCGCAAUGGAUUCCUUUCAUAAACAUUCAG